AGGAAGGAGAAUUGAUACUAAAUAUGCGGUCCCCUCCAAUCGACAAUACAAUCGUAUUAUCUUCACACUUGGCUUCUCCGGCUGGUUUCCAUUGUUUGCUACAUCUCGAAUCCGCGGAAAGAAUGGUAAGGAGAUAGGGAGGAAGGAGUUAUGUUUAUGCGUGAUUUAACACCCGCAUUUCCAUUCGACACUUUCCACGAUCGCGAAACUAGCAAUACUUCUCUCUGUUUACCCGCGAUACUUGUCAUUAACGUUACGGUCGGAUACGAUUAUUGUCUUUUUAAGCAAUUGAAAAAUUCGAUUAUUUAUCGCUCCGUGAAAGACUUUAACCUCGACGUCUCAAUGAAGUCGUAACGUAAUCGAAAGGACUUUGAACAAUUAAGAAGAAACUCUCUCAUUCGUGGUUACGAUCAAUAUUAAAGACGAUAAAUCUUGUAAGAUUCCAAAAUAAUUUUUUCAAAACGAUGCGAAAUAAUCUGAACACGUGUCGCGCGAAUUAAAAAUUAAUUUUUAUCGUUUCUACGAUUUCCCUCUGAAAAAUUCAAUCCCACAAUUUACGCAGUUCGUGUAUAAACAGUAAUAAAACAGUUAAUAUCCGAUAAAUCGUGUCGGUGACAUGGCCACCAGUGUGUCAUCAAUCGGUCGCAUUGCGAGGAAGAUAAAGGAGGGAGAGAAGAGACCGGUUAGCAAAGGUGGGCGCGCAUCCACCGGUUCACGACCCCACUUUCGUUAACUGCUUUUAAUUGCCCCAUAAUUGAGAUUAAUGAAAAGGCAUGCGGGCGCCCAUGAUAUCACCCUCGGCGAAUUAAAAUUAAACCGUACACGACUUUGUCCCAUAAAAGAAACCGCCGCGCUCGUUUGCUUUGAGUUCGUCACGCGAUCCUCUCCGCGGUUCACGCGGUCCAAAGAAAUCCCUAUAAAACAUCGCGCAGUAAAGCUUGAUCGUUUUGUCGUUCGUUUCGCAAUUUCAUGGCGUACGUAAGCUGAAAAGAUUCGCGUGCUUGGAAGAUGGUCACUCGAUAUCUUCUCUCUCCUCCUUUUUUUUUGCUUUUCCAAGACCCCCUCGUUUUGUAUCGAGCGACGCCGCCUUUUCGCGACCAUGCCGCGCAAAUUGCCCCUGUUAUUAUUUCAUCUAGCGCAGAAUGGUGCCAAUCGACGGCUUUUCGCGUGAUGCGCCGCGUAAUAAAUUCGAACAUCGCGCCUUUUAUAACCUCGAUCACAAACGACGAAAGUAAUUUUAAAUAUUCGAUGGUCUUGAUUCAGUUUAAUAGUAUCCGUCAAGAUUUUAAAUAUCUUUCGCAAUAUUUUUUUAUGCGUCUUGUGGCGGAUUUAAUUGGUUUCGCUUGGAUCGAAGAAUUUGACGGGAAAAAUAUUGUUGUCCACGAUUAUUAUCACGAUUCGAAUAAGCGUGAAUAAGCAUUUCUUGCAGAAUGGUUAAAUACUGAAUACGGGUAUAACAAUACGAGGAGCGCGUUAAAAAAUCUCGGAAGAAGAAAAGUGAAAACGAGAAACGUUUCAUGCGAGAAACGUUUUAGACGAGGUCUUACAUAAAUUCCACAAAGGGAUUCACAUCGUCGGAAUCGUCUCGCGAAUAUUACACAUCUCAACUUUCCCAUGAGCACUACAAACAGCCUAUCUUUUUAUUAUAUCCAUAUCUGUCCACUAACACGUACGUUGCGUGGGAGUGCCCAUCACUCCUUUGACUCGGACCAACCACACCGUGCGGUUCGUAGAGUUCGGGUGUCGCUUAUUUCCUCUUUCUUCUGUGUUCCUCUUAACGCGCCGGCCUCCUCGAGGGGUCCUUGAAAUGGACCGAAAUCUCACGUGGCUUUUCACGACCGUCAAGUGGCGCUAGGACCACCCGCAAAUAACACGUGCCAUUAAUUUCUAAAAAAAAUGAAGCCGAUGAAGCCGAUUACUUCCACUAAUUCCAUCCUCGUUCGUUCGUUGGGCGUUCCUCGGGCAUAAGAUUUCAAAACGGUUUCGACGAGCACAGAGCGGCGCAGCGUGUACUAAUUUCAAUUUAAUAACAUAGCGGAUAUGAAUAAAUUAAAGGAUAUGUAAAUAUAAUCGAAUAGAAGGUACUUCUCUACCUACAUACAUCCGACACCGCGUUGAAUGUCAAUGAACGAUACGUCACACCGAUCUUACAUUCUUAAAAAGUUCCUCGAAUAACCGAGAAAAAAAGAAUGGCAACUCUUUGAAACGUAACAAUCAAAUUUUGCACACAAAGAUCCGUCCAACGCGUGAAACGGAAGACAAAGCCCAAUCGACGCCCGUUGAAACAAUAACGUAGACUAAUUUAGGAUACUCUAACAUCGGUUCAUUGGCCGGUUAAGUCGAAAUCGGUCGAGUUAACGCGAAUACAGGCUAUUAGCACCAACACAGGUUUAAAAGCAAAGUUACUCGAGUCCCGUGACCCCAUGUUUCGCCUACGAAACAUUGUGGAGUGCAAGGCGGGAACCCGUUCGAGUGGUAGACCGUGAGGCGACACAUCGUUGCUGUACUCUAUUCAGUCGAGAUAGGGAAAAGACGUUGCAUAUACAUAUACGCGCGAGGAGGAUAUAUGUACGUUGCAUACUAUACACGGUACGUCCAUAGGAAACAGCUGAGAGAACCGGGAGAGACGAGUGUUCCCUGGUAUGAUACAUCCACGACGAAAUUAAUGUCCCAGGAUUCUCGGUUCCAAGGACAGGGGCUUGUACGUUUCGAGGACGAAACAUUCUAUGGCAUACGGUGUGCCACCGACAUCCGUGCAUUCCGCCGAUCGAAUGCGAUACGAUAAAUUUUCCGAGGCUGUACGAUGCGUGGUUAGUCGGGAAAUAGUGAUCGCUUUUAAGGUAUUUCGCCUUAUCUUGGAAACGCGAAGGUUUCGAUACUAUUUUAAUUGCUGCUCGGUUGUUAAAAUAUUAAAAGCCUGGAGCUUGAGAAAUUAAAUAAAACGAGAUAAGGAAUGUUUCGUCUACGAUCCAACGAUAUCGAUUAGGGAUUAUAUAAAUUCGUAUCGAUUGAAUUUAUUUAUCGCGACACGUAAAUUUCCAUUGUUGGAUGAUCACGAUUAUAUAUAACGAGGAGAAUCGGUGAACGACUUUAAAUAAAUAACGUUCUGGACAUCUAAUAUCAAUACCCCUCUAAAACUAUCGCCACGCGAUAUAUUGAUUUCCGAGACUGAAGUAAUCCUGUUUACUUACGCGACGAAAAAAUGUCAAUAUAGCACGUAAUUAGAGAUCCGUCAUCCUCCGUAUAUUCCAUUCUUGGAGGGGGGGCCAAAUAGUUGAUAGGAUAGAAUAAAUAUAUAUCUAAUAUAUACCGAACUGAAAACGAUAAACAAACGAAACUAGUGUCCUGCGAAACGUUUCGGCUCAUGUUGAAAAGCCGCGGCGCCUUCUUCGUCGGCAAACACCCACGCCCGAGUGUAACAUGCACUAAUACGUCGGUAGCGUACGCGCUCACACGCGUGCUUAUGCGUGCACGCCGAAACAACCGUGCGAGAGUUGCAAGCAAGGAACGCAUAUACGUAUCACAUUGACGAGUUCCCGCCCGAGUCGGCGGUUGGUCGCUGCUUUGGCAGCUCCUCGUCUCUCUCAGGUAGCAUGCGAGCACGGAAAUGAGAGAAAGAGAGAGAGAAAGAGAGAAAGAGAACGAGAUGGAGUCGCGGCGAUCAGGACAGAACGGGACGAGGGACAAGCGGAUAAGGAUGGAGAUAAGGGAGCGUGGGAGAGAGAUAGGUCGCGUGAGCGAGAGAAAAAAUGCAAAGGGGGAAAAACAGGAAGAGAAGGAAGAGAGAGAGAGAGAGAACGAAGCAACGGUACAGAAGGGGAGAGGAAGAUGCAUGGAAAACACGAUGGUAUGAGAAGAAGAGAAGUGGCGGAAGGAAAUGAGCGAGAACCGUUGCUACAAAGAGAGAUUAGAGAAAGAGGAGGAGAGGGGAUGGUAAAAACGGAGGAAAGUAACAAAUACCUUGGCGGGAAAGGUUGGUAGGGGACUAAGAAAAGCAUCAGGAAAAAAGAGGAACGAACGGAAAAAGAGUGGAGAGUCGAGAAAGAAGAGGAACGGUGGAAAAGGGACAGAGAAACCGCGUAGAAGAGGAACGGUAUAAGGGAGUGAAAGAAGGCGCGAGAGAGAAAGAAAGAGGGGUAGAGCGCUCGUAUGGUCGGUUUGCCGCCUGCCGCGUAGUAGUAGCGUGCCGAGCGAGCAGCAAGCAGUGCCGAACGUCGUCGUCGUUUCUCAGUGUCGCCGCGGCGGUCGUGCCAGACGGUUCUCUUAUAGAAGUUUUUCGUAGUGCGCGCGUAGCGCGUUCCGUUCCGUUUCGUUUUGUUUCGGUACACGUCAAUACGGUGCAACGUGCGACGUGCUGGAUUAAAUUGGAUUAAAUACGCUUACUAGCGAACGUGUCCAGAGGAUUAUUGACUCGUGACGAUCUCGUGUCGUUGUCGGGCAACGAAAUCAUCCAAAAAAUCCCGCGGAGCGAAUAUAUUUUCGAACAAUUGGUUCAAGGAUAUCAACGUUCAGUGAUGUGACAACGAUUAAAACUUUAUCGGCUUUUCACGUUUCGGUAUGUCUAAUAUAAAAGGGAUCCCGAUUGGAGCAUAGUGUGAACAAAAAAACGUCGAAACGAAUCACAGAACGCGAGUUUGAAAAGUGUAACGACGCCGAACGCCACGUGCUACGCUACGUGCGGCGCCAUCGCGAGUUAAACUUCGAAUUUCGCGCGAUGUUCCAUGGUCAAGAUUCGUUAUCGUGAACAAGUUUGACACGUUUGAAAAGUGAAAAAUCGUGAUUCUCCCUCAUGGUCGUGGAACACACGGCGGGUGGCACAUUGUAGCGUGCCUUGUGCCGCGUUUGUACAAGUGGAUUUAACCUUGUGAUCGAACACGUGGAUGCAUGCUGCCCUGUCGACGAUGCUGUGCUUUUGAACGGCCAAGCUGUCUGCACGAAAAUUCCAGGUGCAGAAGAAAAUGCGCGUGAGAUCGAGGUGACAGUAGAGCAUGGAGACCAUACAAGACAGCGGCGGGUUGCGUGUCGAUGGCUCGAAAGGAAGUGUCGUCGCUUCGGGUUUACCCAGCUCGAAAACAGUGAAUCAGUUGAGAAUAGUGGAAAGUGGUGAUGAAAGUGGGAAGAUGGUGAUCCCAACUAAAUCGGAGAUGGAUCCUUACAAGGAGUUGGAGUUGUAUCUCGCCAAAGUCAACGAAGAGAUCGGUGAAAUCAUCGAGUCGGCGCCGUCCACUCCCCUGAUCAUUACAGACGAGCCAAAGUAUCAUCCCGCGCAGCCGGCCCCGCCGGUGGAGCCGGCCCGAUACGAGCCCUGCCCCGUCAAAUCAUCGGCCGCGAGAAGCUCGAGACGGCAGAACUCCUCCGGGUGCAGGGGCUGCAACGCCGUGGAGGACAUCGGCGAUUGGUCGAACAACAUCCUGGCCGAGUUCAACACGAUAAUCGCGAACGAGAUCGACGAGCUGACCAGGGAGCUCGAGCGGAAGAGGAGCAAGGAGGAGGCGAGGAUCGUGCGUUACAAGGAGCUGUUGAACGAGUUCGGGAUAUCGGACAGCAGCGAGAGCUCGAUCGGGAGCUCGUGCGAGGCGGCGGCCGGUUUCUAUCAUCGGUCGUCGUCGGCCAGCAACGAGGUCCGCGAUCGGCGAAACGGGAAGUUGUUCAACGACGAGGCGACGACGGGCUUCCUGUUGAGCCUGGGCUACGACGAGCCGCCGCUCGAUCGCCUCGCCUCCGCGAGAAACGAUCGGAGAAAGAGCGGCAGCCUGCCCGAGGAUCUGCAACGGUUGAUAGGGGAACGCGCGAGGUAUUACCCCUCCCCUGGCCCGAAUCUCGACGACGGCCGCGAUCCCUCGGGGACGGCGUUCGUGGAGGAUCAUCGUCGCGGCGGGAUCGAUCUGAAUACCUCUAGUCUACCUUCGAAACUGGACCGUGGACACGCGAGCGGCGGGGAAACGGAGGAAGUCGGUCCGCGCGCCAAGUACCUUGGAAACGAUCAACCAAAGAAACACGAUCUAGUAGAGAUAAGUUGGAGGGGCGGCGAGGAUGAGGGGAAGAGGGGAAGCAGCACCUGUCCUCGGCUCGGGCCCAUCCCGGUUCGGCCGUGCAUCGAGACGGACGAGUCGUGCGCGAAAUUACCGCCGAGGCAACGCGACCCCCACAGGAAGACUAGCCUGCCUGUGAAUUUGACGGGUCAGAAGAGGAGAAGGACGCCGAGGUUGGCGAGAAUUCGACGGAACGAGGAGCAGAGCGCGAUGGAUCCGGAUUACGAGGCGGAGGAGGACGACAAGGUGGCGGCGCAAGUGGUUGGCGGGAGGCCAACGUUGGACGGUAACGGGCCUAAAUCGGCCCCCGUCACGCCAACGGAGGAGAAGAAGUCUCCGUUUUCGAAGAUCCUGUGGAAGAAGCACGCGCCCGUCUUCCACGAGAGCACGGACGACGUUGUCCUCGUCAGGGUGUCCUCUUUGCCGGAUCAGGAUUUCCUUCAUCUCGACGGAAACGAGGCGUUGCGGGCGAAGAACGGUUGCGCGAAGGAGGGCCUGUCGAAGAAGAGGGCCGUGUCGCCUCUCACCUUGCGCUCGGAUAUAUCCGCGAAACGGUUGUCCGAGUCCGACAAGGACGUGAGGCAGGUCAGUCCCGUGGAUUUGAAGAAGUUCUCGCUCUCGAGAUCGAGGGGCAACGACGUUGGAGUGAGUUGCGAUCUUCCGGAAGACGACAACGUCGGAUCCAUCGGGAGCGUGGACAGCGGGAAGUUCGAACGGGUGGAGAACGUGGACGUGAAGAAGAUACUGGACGAGCAAAAUUCCAGAUCCGGUUCGCUACCGAUUUCUCUUCAAUCCCUGUUAUCGAAGAUCCGAAACGGGUCCGGCUCGUGCUGCCCGAACAGCCCGCCGAUGGAUUCUCUCACUUGCUCCGACAUAGCGACGCAAACUUCCCCAGCUAUUUCCAGAAGUUUCAGCUUCACGUGGGUCAGCGAUUGCGACUCCCCGCGAGCGGAGUCGCAGAUGGAUUCGCAGUCGCUGCAGGACGAAAGCACGUUGGAUCCUGCCUCGCCGCAAGACACCGUGGACGACGACAAUAGGUCGUCCUCGUCGUCUCAAGAUCUUCUUCAGAGCAUGGACGAGAUUUCCUCCGGAAGUAUGUCGCCGGAUACGACCGACAGAGCAUCUCCUCUGGAGAGCGGUAUCGGCACUGCCAGCCCUCCUAGAAGCACCGAUCGACGGAUAGUUAAGCCCCCGUCCUCAGCCAAGUGUCACCGGAAAGAGACAUGGGAGAGGAUCCGGCGACGUCCUUCCAAGUUGAACUCGCGGAGCGACAAACACUCGCAGGACGUGUGGAUCAAACGCGAGAGCGUGCACACUCAGACGAAGGAGAACGAGGACCAAUAUUCCCAGGACGCGGUGGACAGCAGCAGCGGCCUCGACGACACCCUGCCGAGGAUCAAGCCGCCUCGACCGACCAAUCUGCCUCUGUGUCUGUCCACCACCGCGAGUAGCUCCCUAAGCUCUGGAGAAUUAUUGGAGACACCGCCGCGAGCACCCUCAUCCCCAUCCGCCGCCAGCCUCCAAUUGAAACCGGAACCGCUAAGCGUGGAAAUGGGUGGAAAGAGCAGCAGUGCACCCUUGUUGGAGAACAACGACACGGAGAAAACGAAUGGGAAGGUGCCGAGUUUGCAGCAACCACGCUCGCAGUCGGAACGCCAGCUAUCAGAAAUCGAAGCGCAAGAGGCUUGCAAAUGGUUGAGGGCGGCUGGUUUUCCACAAUAUGCGCAGAUGUAUGAGGAUUAUCAAUUCCCGAUUGACGUAUCUGGCGUAGCCAAGGACCACCCCUUCCUCGAGACUGAUUCCCUGCAGAGUCUAUUUCGACGAUUGCACGCUCUUAAUCGGUGCGCUAAUAUGAAGAUCGACACUCACCAUACGCACAGUACUAGUCACAGCAAAAGCGGUGGCGGCGAUGAUUCGGACGAAGAUACACAGUGCGCCCUCAGCGAGAAUUGGACGUUCGAGAAGAAAACGAGGCGCUGGUCCCGCGUGUGCGACAUGACGCAAGCGAACGUGGAGAGGUUGCAGGCGAUCAGCAGCGGGCAGACGGUGCAAUCCGAGGAGGAUUCCCUGGAGGAUCGGUUGGAGGCAGAGGAGGCCGAGGACACGAUGCUGGACACGCUCAGAUACAGCAGCCUGCCGCCUGGCACGCUUCCCGACGAGAUCGGGCCGAGAUUUCGGAGAACCGGGUCCGAGAGGCUGAGGGACGGGGCGAAAGCUUUCCUGAGGCGGGUCGAGUCGUUGAAGUCCCGGCGACGGAAGCACCAAAAUCGGGACGGGAUAGUGAUCAGCGGCCCCCAAAUACUGGACGUGAUCUCGAUGCAGCAGAAGAUGAAGGAGCUGAACUGCGUGGACGUGUCGCCGACGGGCCCCUCGCCGGUCUCGUUCAACGAUCUUCUGCCGGGCUCGCCCCUUCACGUGCCUGGGUCGCCCGUCACGCUGCCCGCGUCCCCCUAUCACCUGCCGCCCUCGCCCCUGGCCAACGCGCCCAGCCCGUUCGGCGACGAUUCGUCGAGUUAUUGCUCGGACGGGUCGCAAGGAGGUGGCCCGACACCCACGCCGACGCGGACGAAGAUGAACCGGGCGAGAAGGUUCCUGCAUCGGGGCAGGGAGGACCAAGGGGCGCUCAGCGACUCCGAGUGCCAGCCUACCAAUUGGCGGCACAGGUACUUCAGAGACGCGAACAGUAAUCACGCUAAAGUGUUGGAAUACGUGACCGCCCAUCCCCAAAGCCCCAAGGAUUCGCCGACCAAAACUCCCAUAAAUAGCCGCGGAGGUAGCCUGAAUCUUGGGAAGGAGUCGCAGAGGUACAGGGACAAGUUGUCCCAGGGCCAGAAUCAGGAGAGGUACAAGGAGGACAAGGUGGCCGCUUUGAAGAGGGAGGAUAAGAUGCACAAGAGUUUCAGGCAUCGUGACGAUUCUUACAGGGAGGGGAAACCUUUGUCCAAAGAGGUGACCGUCUACAGAGAGAAAUCGAGAUCGAGGAGUUCGGAGCUGGCCGGAAGUCAGGAGAGCAGUUCGACGGUUGCCAGUCGUGAUUCGGAUCAGGAGGAGGAUUCGCCGAGGCACAAGGGUACCGUUGUCAGGUGGCACAGUUUCCAGAGGGGAUCCCUGUACCCGGAGCCGCUCGACCCCCUGUGCCCACGAGCCAUGGCCUCGAUGUCGUGCGGCCAACUGUUGGUACUGAGGAAGUUGGCUCUGUUGAAGCUGACCGCCUGCAUGGAACGAUAUUGCCCGACUCAUCGUACCGGAUGGAACUGGGAGCUGCCCAAGUUCAUCAGGAAGAUAAAGACCCCCGAUUACAAGGACAAGACGGUGUUCGGUGUACCGUUGCUGUUGUCCCUGCAGAGAACCGGCCAGGCCUUGCCAAAGUGUAUUCAAAUAGCGCUCAGAUGGCUGAGAGCGAACGCCCUCGACCAGGUUGGGAUCUUCAGGAAGAGCGGGGUCAAGUCUAGGAUACAGAAAUUGAAAAUGAUGACCGAGACUUUGGGGGAUAACAUCAAUUUCGAUGGCCAGCAGGCGUUCGACGUGGCCGAUCUCGUGAAGCAAUAUUUCAGGGAAUUACCGGAAGCUCUGUUAACCAACAAAUUGUCCGAGACCUUCAUCGCUAUAUUCCAACACGUACCUGUUAAGCUGCGACCGGACGCGGUGCAAUGCGUGCUCCUUCUUCUGCCAGACGAGCAUCGGGAGGCGUUGGAGACUCUGCUCGAUUUCUUGAACCACGUAGCGAGCAACGCUCCCUACAACCAAAUGACAGCCUCGAACCUGGCCGUGUGCCUGGCACCGAGCCUGUUCCACUUCAACCACAGUAACACGAACGUGACCAACAGGUCGAGCAGCGUAUCGCCACGUAGGAGAAAGACCGUGGGCAUUCCCGAUCAGAGGGAACUGUCGGAAAACAAAGCCGCUCACGACUGUCUUCUGUAUCUGGUCAAGAUGCAUCGUGAAUUAUUCAUGGUUUCUUCGGAUAUGUUGAUGCAGUGUCAUUUUAAUUAUAUGGAAGAAAGCGUGCCGGUCGCCUUGGAGGAAUUGGGAUCCGAAUUGAAGCAAGAUUGGAGAGGAUACCUUUACGCGUGUACCACCGCUUUGUUGAAAGAAGCGCGUGAGAAAAGUCGGGGAUGGGUCACCGUGAACAAUCCAGCCGACAGUACGGUAGAGAUGGCGUACAAGAAAGUAGGUGACGGACAUCCACUUCGACUGUGGCGAGUGUCGACUGAGGUUGAAGCUCCACCGAACGAGCUUCUUCAUCGUGUACUGAGGGAGAGGCAUAUCUGGGAUCCUCAGCUUUUGAAGUAUAGAUUGGUCGCCAAGCUGGACACCAACGUGGAGGUCUUUCAAUACGCCACUGGGAACAUGAGUCCUCUUCCUGCCAGGGAUUAUUGUGUGCUAAGAUCCUGGCGUAACGAUCUCCCCAAAGGGGCCUGCGUCAUCGUAGAAACGUCCGUGGAACAUCCGGAUGCUCCUGUUAUGCUUGGUGGAACACGUGGUAUUGUUUUAGCAUCGCGCUAUCUCAUCGAACCUUGCGGUAGUGGUAAAUCACGGAUCAUGCAUCUUUCCAGAGUGGAUACAAAAGGACGCACUCCAGAAUGGUAUAACAAAAGCUACGGUCACCUUGCUGCCCUUCACCUCAGUAAAAUUCGCAAUUCCUUCAAGCACACGACAGACGGUCCCGAGAGUAAAGUCUGAGAGGAAGCAACCGUGCAACGAUCACCGUUGCACGGUCCUCGCACGACUCUAGAGGAACAGGAUGAUCAAAAUCAGGAACACAGGAUUCUAAAGGAUGUGCGACAGGUUCAACCUACCAUUGACGAGGAAUAAAAGUAACAUCGAUGGUCGUAUCUAAUUUCAUCGAUACCAUGACCAAGAAUUUAGAGGAUAUCGAAGAAAAUAAUGGAUCUAGGAGAGAAAUUCAACUCGUUAUCGAAGAUGAACCCCAUCGCGCGUUUCUCGAGUUGAUUAAAACAAUAUUUAUAAAAGGAAAUGGAGGAAGCGAAAAAAGAAAAGAAAAAAGAAGAAACAAGAAACGUUAACGAUACCAUGCACAAGCUUUAAUCGAUGUGAAGCAAUUUUUGUUGAAGCCUGAGAUGUAUAGCGUUAGACGUCGAAUUAUUAUUAUUAUUAACCAUGUUGUUAGAGGAUGAAAAAGAAAAGAAUUUAUUGUUAUCGUAAUUAUAAAAUUCUCUCUGUUUGACGUUUUAUUGUCCAAGGAUCUUGCCGUCCAGUGAUCGUGAAAGUCGUUAAAGAAAAAUAAUAGUAUAAAAAAAAAAAAAAAAGAAAAAAAAAAAGAAAAAAGAAAUGGCAGGAGACCGAAUUGAAAUGGGCUAGUACAUGUUUUCCUCCGUGUAUGUAGGAUAUAAUAUAUUAUUUUUACAAGUAUCCAUAAUCCGAUGUUAUAUCGCUAAUCGAAGUUCCGCGAACGAAGCUUUUAUCCUCGGCGAUAACAAAUAUAAUAGAAUAUUCGUCGAUGUUUCGUCGAAGUAAGAACAAGAAUGCUGCUACCCUAACGAGAGUAAACCGAUGCCUUCUCGAUGGUUUAACUAGAUGAUUUUAAUAAUCGUAUCGAUUGAAAUAUAUACGCGAAGCAUGUAAAAAAAAAAAAAAAGAAAGAAAAAAAAAAAAGAAAAAAAAAGAAAAAAAGGAGAAAAAAGAAAAAAGGGCGUAAAAAUAUUUUUCGAUCGUAGUUAUGCUACAAAAUGCAGUCUGUGUAUUUUCCGCGUCGCACGAUGUUUUAAUCUCACCAAAUGAUAUAUAAGCGAAUAUUAGAUAGGAGAAAGAAGUCGCGCACAAUAUUAUAUUUCACCGUUAUAGCGUAUAAGAAAUCCCUAUUUUGUAUGUUUCUUUCGGACCAAAUGCCAAUUUUUCUAUUGUAUCAUAUCACGCUGUUGUAUCGAGUAUCUCGAGAACAUGGUUCUUUUAGAACGAUUCUUUUUGUAAAUGUCACGACGAUUUAGACGACCAGGAGAAACCGUGUGUAAAUUAUUCGUACGUUAUUAUAUAUGGGUACGCAUUAUACAACGUAUGCGUGUGUAUUCUAUUUAUAUACAACAAAGAAAAAAAAAAGAAAAAAAGAAAAAAAAAAAAAGAAAAGAAAGAUUGACAAAACGCGAAACAACGUCGUCCAAUGCGUUCCGCUUGUGCGUUCCAAUGUUUCCAAAUUGCGUUUUUUUUAUCAGAUAAUCGUAAAUUACGUCCCUCCCUCCACUUACAUGUACCCUAUUAUUCACGAUUAAUCCGAUUUAAUCGAGCAAUGCGAAAGGAUUUUGAGUAAACGUGUAAGUUCUCGCCCUCCCCCUCCUUCGCGUAAGGGCGUACAAUUUAAACUCGUGUUAAUUAAGCAAUCGUCAUUGUCUCACACUCUUAUAUCGAUGUUGAAGCGUUGAAAAAAAAAAAAUUUGUCACAGAGUCUAUUGUUAAUUGUCUCUCUGAAAUUGUAAAUGUGAAUCGCGAGCCGGCGGUUUCGGGGAAUUGUUUUUCUCGGCCAGUCGAUCAUUUAAGACGAAUCGUCGUUGUUCGAAAUAACAUUCGUGCAUGCACCAUGAUUAACGCAUAUAUAGGGACCACCCCUUCAUCCUCCCCCGUUGAACACCGUAGAAUAAAACGAAUACGAAGGAAGGAAAUAUGAUAUAUAGGAUCGAGAAGAGAAACGACUUGGAGAAAAAGAUACACCUCAUCGAAUUAUAAGUGUAUUUUAACAUAAUACUAGUCAACUUACAAUUUAGAUGAAGUUACGAAUACGGAUAUAAGUGUAUAGAUUUUUAUUCUACGAACAUUACGUCGAGAAUAUUUAAUUAUUAUUAUUAUUAUUAUUAUUAUUAUUAUUAUAUUAUUAUUAUUAUUAUUAUUAUUAUUAUUAUUAUAUUAUUGAUAUAGAGUAAUUAUAUAUGGAGAAGAAAGAAAUAUAUCAAUGAUAUUUUUGUGUCCAAAAAACGCCAGUAGGGAGCACGAAUGAAUGAAAGUGUAUGUAUAUCUGUGUAUGCGUGUGUGUGAGAGAGAGGAAAAGAGGAAAAAAAGAAAAAUAAAGAGAGAGAACACACGUCUGCAUGUUUCUCCGUUAUUUGUAACGAUAUAUGACCGUCUUUAUUCUUGUAAUCCGUGUUUCACUAGAAUGUAAAUAUGUAUAUUAUACAAUAAUGAAACACGAUUAUAUACUCAUUAAA